AUGUCUCCAAAUACGGUGCGAUUCCGGGCCUUUGCCGCGCGGUAUGGCCAGACAAUACACCAGCUUAAUAUGCGGAUGUCGGUCGCUGUAAUACGGAACAAAGAUGCCGAGCAACGAGCGAAGGAGAAGGCCGAAGCCCCCGUGGUAAAAACAGAGGAGCAAGUCAAGAAGGAAGAGGAGCUCCGAGCUAAGUACGGGACGACGGCGCGGGAGUCGAUCAAGGAGCACAAAGAGGCCCCCGUCAGCAUUUGGAAGCGCAAGUUCAGGUCGCUUCCCGAGGGCAAAGCGGUCGACCUUUUUGCCGACGUGGUUGGUGAUGCGUUUAUUCUUGCGGUUGCGGGAGGGUUGAUAACGUAUGAGUACUGGAGGUCAUCGCAGAAGCCGGAUAAGAACAAAGAGAUGAUCGAGGAACUACAACGUAGGAUGGAAGAACUAAGGAUAAAAGAGGAGGAACUCGAGGCCGAGGAAAGAAGGCAGCACGAGCGGGUGCAGCUGAUUGAGGAGGCGUUGAGGGCGUUCAAAGACCCGAAGACGAAACUGCCCCUCCUAGCGGCCCCAACGGCGACAGCUUGA